UAGUUUUGAAUGAGUGUUGCAUGAAAAAACAUUGCAGGGUGUGGCCAGAGUACGUGCGGCAGAGGGUGCGUGACACCUACACCUACUUUGGAGGUAGCAUUGUCAUCACGGCAGCUUCAGCAUUGGCAGUGAGCCGGCAUCCAGCCAUGCUGAACUUGGUGAUGCGCAACUCGUGGCUGGCCAUAGGGGCAAGCUUUGCAGCCAUGAUCGGCACAGGCAUGGUCGCUCGCUCGCUGCCCUACAGAGAAGGGCUGGGUACCAAACAGGCGGCCUGGGCCUUGCACUGUGGCGUCAUGGGUGCCCUUGUGGCCCCCCUCUGCCUCUUGGGUGGCCCUAUAAUGAUGCGUGCUGCAUGCUACACUGCUGGCGUGGUGACGGGCCUGUCCACGGUGGCUGCCUGUGCCCCAAGUGACAAAUUCCUCAACAUGGGUGGGCCCCUCGCCAUCGGACUGGGAUUUGUGUUCGCCUCCUCUCUUGGCUCGAUGUUCCUGCCUCCCACCACAGCCUUGGGUGCUGGCCUUUACUCACUGAGCAUGUAUGGGGGCUUGGUGUUAUUCGGCGGCUUCCUCCUCUACGACACGCAACGCAUUGUCAGGAUGGCGGAGACUUACCCACUGUAUGCUGCAAAGCCCUAUGACCCUGUCAAUGCCUCCAUCUCCAUUUAUCUGGACACACUGAACAUCUUCAUCAGGAUUGCCAUGCUGCUGGCUGGUGGCGGUUCACGGAGAAAGUGAAACGGCAAGAUUCAAAAGGUGCAAUGGUUGUAGUGCUACGGCACUCAUGAAGAUGCAAAAUUCUCUGCUCUUGAAAGAAGAGGAAGCAAGUUCUGUGAAAACAAAUCCCUCUGCAAAGUCUCCAGUAUAGUUCUAAGCAGCAGGUUUAAAUAAAGUAACAUAUAACCAUGUUCAACUUC